AUGUCACAAUUCAAAUCUUUAACAACGUCAUUAUACGGUCCUUCUAUCGACGUUAUCUUACCAUCAACGAAUCUUUUUGAUCGUUUCGUUGAACGGGUCUGCCAACAUCCUAAUAAAAUUGCUCUGAUACUCGACGAUCAGUCGCUAACCUAUGCUGAAUUGUAUGUGUUGGUCAACUCACUUGCAUGUCGACUGUCUCGUAUCGUACAACCAAAUGAUGUCGUAUGCCAAUGUGUCGAACGAAGUAUCGAAAUGGCCAUCGGUAUUUUAGCCAUUUUCAUGUGCAACACUACUUAUUGUCCACUGAAUCCAUACGAUCCGGAUCAACGACGUCAAACACUUCUCAGUCAAACCCAUGCCAAAGUUAUGUUAGUGCACAACGCCACAGCUCAUCUUUUUAUCGACGAUGACCGUGUUUCCGUAGUACGAAUUGAUCAAGAAGAUAAAAAUGAUUCGAUCACUGUUAACAAGACUGUAGACGAUCCGUCUGCCAUUGCUUUUAUUGUUUUUACAUCAGGAUCAACAGGCACUCCUAAAGGUGUUCCAAUUGGACACACAAAUUUUGCAUACUAUCUCGCUAGUAUGUGUCACGAACAAUAUAUCCUAGAAAGCGAUAUACUAUUACAGAUAUCACGAGAUACAUUUGAUGCUCAUAUACAAGAGAUACUUGGAGCAGUAUUGGUCGGUGGUACUUGUGUAUUACUCGGUUCAAGUAAUGGAACUCAUCUGAACAUUGCCUACCUAGUAAAAACAAUGCGUAAUCAUCAUGUAACAUUCGUCAAUCUUGUGCCAUCUGUUAGUAUUGCUCUCAUCGACUAUCUUAGUAGUCCAAAGCAAUUGCUCUCAGCAUGUCUUCGGAUAGCCAUAUCAACAGGAGAACCAUUACCUCGAACUCUUGCCGGCGAGCUUCUGACAUGUCUCGAGAUACAUACUCAACUAUUGAAUACGUAUGGAGUUACUGAAACAACACUCGAUUGUACCUAUCGUCGUGUGUUUGAGGCAGAUACUCAACCAACAGCAUCGGCAGCAUUCGUUCCCGUCGGGUUACCACUACCCAAUUAUGUUUGUCAUAUUAUGAUUGAGGAGUCCGAACAACCAGAUAGUAUUGGUGAGUUAUAUAUUGGAGGACCGGGUGUUUUUCGAGGCUACUUAAAUUAUGGCACAAAUCCAGAAGACAGUCGUCUGGUAGAGCUUGAUGGAAAGAUGUACUAUCGCACGGGUGAUCUCGCCAAGAUCGUCAAUGGUGAGCUUGUUCAUCUAGGUCGACGAGAUUUUCAAGUCAAAAUUCGAGGUCAACGUAUCGAAACAGGAGAAAUCGAGGCGAUUAUAUUGCGCACAUGUCGAAAACAGUUGAAUGCAUGUCUUGUUAUAGCGAAGAGUGAUCAAUUGAUUGCUUAUGUUCAAACUCGUGAAUCUGACUUAACGAUCGAACAACAAAUCAAGGAAAUAUGCAGUCAAUAUCUUCCAUCAAGUAUAAGCUUAUUUGCUGUCGUCGUUCUUGAACGAUUUCCGCUGAACGCUAACGGAAAAAUCGAUCGUGCUCGCUUACCAUCACCUGAGCCUCACACAGUGACAUCGCCAGUCAAUCACACACCUCAAACCGAACUAGAAUUUGAACUUCAAACCCUAUGGUGUCGACUUUUGAAGGUUGAUAAUGUACCGUCUGAUAUCAAUUUGCUAACUUUGGGUGCUAAUUCUCUUCAUUUCAUGUUAGCUACAAAUCACUAUUGUCGUCAGUGGCUAUCCAAUCAGCCUCAAGUUGAUUUUUCUACUUUCUUUCGACAGAUGACCAUCUCACAACACGCUCAACUACUUGCAGCUCAUGCACAGACUACUCUCACUGCUACCACUGUAUCACGCUGUUCGGCAAGUCAUCUUACCGAAGGACCAGCUUCGUUUGCUCAAGAAAGUAUUUGGCUUGACGAACAAAUGCGCUUUCAAGGUGAAAAGGACAGUUUGUCUAUUUAUCACAUGAUAUACGCGUUUCGUGUAUCGUCAAUUAAUAAUGAAUCACACGUGGUCUUAUCACGUCUUCGAUCAAGUCUUCAACUAGUCAUCGAAAAACAUACUUCAUUGCGCAGUAGUUUAUACAUGUCCCAUGAUCAACAAAAUAAACUAAUUCAAUGUAUUUGUCCAUUGACUUCUAUUGACGAGAUUGUUGUUGAAAGUUGGAUUAAAAAUGAUGAUGAUCUAUUCAAAAUAAUUGCUGAUGAGGAGACAAAUCAAUUUCACCUCGAUAUUUCAAAAGGACGCGUUUUUCGUUGUCAUUUAAUUCGAUAUUUUGAUCAUAGCUCUGAUGAUGUUCUUAUUUUUAAAUUUCACCAUUUGGUAUUUGAUGGUACUAGUGAGACUCUGUUUUUCAAUGAUCUACAUGAAGCGUACAUGACUGGGCAACUUGCAAUUGUUCCUAAUGACACAAUCACCUAUUUGGAUUAUGCUCGAUGGGAACGAACUUCAGACAUGUUGGAUGCGUUAUCGUUUUGGAAAGAGAGUCUAAAAGAUUAUCAAAUGUUCGAACUACCCUACGAUCAACGGCUUCUGUCAAAAGCUCGCACAGGCAGUGGUUCUAAAGUGGUAGUGCAAGAUUUUGACGCAGAUAUACUUCUUGCCUAUGCCAGUCGUCAAGAAGUGACACUUUUUCAGCUCUGCCUAGCCAUCUAUUAUACUUUUCUGUUUAAACUUACCAGUAGUCAAGAUUUAAUUGUGGGUGGACUUGUUGCUAAUCGAAUACAACCCGGACUCGAUUCUAUGAUCGGUAUGUUCGUCAAUCUCGUACCUUAUCGGUUUCAAAUUGAACCACGAGAAACAUUUCAAGAAUUAGUAAGACGUGUGCAACAUCUCUGUCAUGAUGUCGUUUCUCAUGCCUACGUGCCAUUUCAGUCCAUAUCAAAGUUAAUCGAAUCGGUGAAUGGCAUUUCAACAACAAUAGAUAUUGAAACAAUCCAAGAUCGUUAUCCAUUUGAUACUGAUCUUGAACUCGUCCACAUAGAUCUACCUGUUAGAAUGACACAGUUCGAUUUAUCAUUGUCAUUUAAACAUAUUCUAUCACGAAAUACUUUACAUUGUUCAUUCGAUUAUUCUACGGAUGUUUUCGAGAGAUCAACAAUUGAGACACUAGCUAAACGAUUUCACCAGUUAAUUAAACAAAUUCUAUGUGACGACCAGCGUCUUAUCUACGACUUUAGUCUUCUACUAGAAAACGAACAUCAAAUACUUCGUAAUUUGAAUCCAUCGAUGCCUAUCGCACAAAAUACUGACUGUAUUCAUUGGGAAUUUGCUCACAGAGCACAAGAACAUCCGCAAAAGAUUGGCAUACUGAUGGAAGAUCAAUCUCUCUCAUAUGGUGAAAUACUUCACUAUUCUCAGCAACUCGCCUUAUAUCUCCUAACACAUUGUCAUGUGCGACCUGGCGAUAUUGUCUGUCAACUUGUCGAACGAAGUAUUGAGAUGGUCUUGGGCAUUCUUGCUAUUUGGAUGUGUGGUGCUAUUUAUACACCAUUCAGUCCUCGCGAACCAGCUGCUCGACUUCACUCACGUAUUUCCAGUUUACAAGCUCGUAUUUUGCUAGUGCACACAGCAACUCGUCAUUUUAUGGAGCAAACUUCAGAUCUUACAAUUGUUGAAGUUGAUCGAAUCGGUGAACAGACUAAUGAUAUCAGCGCCCUUGACAAUGUCUCAGUCACAUCUGAACAUUUGUCACAUAUUGUAUUUACAUCUGGUUCUACUGGUGAACCAAAAAUGGUUCAACUGCGUCAUCGAAACUUUGUUUCGUAUAUUCAUUCGUGUUUAAUUAAACCAACGGAUAUUAUUCUUCAGCAUGCAUCAGUUGCAUUCGAUUCUCAUAUUGAAGAAAUCAUGGGUCCUUUGAUAAGCAGUGCUCAACUUGCUAUACUCAAGCCUGAUCCAUAUCACCUUGAUAUCGAUUACUUUUCAACAGCAAUUGCUCAACAUCAAGUGACAUUUCUAUUUCCUGUACCAACUUUAUUGAUUAUGCUCACAAAUUUCGUACGAUCAUUGUCUAAAGAUGAACAAUGCAAUCGUUUGAAAACUCUACGCUUACUGUCAUGCGGAGGUGAAAAACUUUAUUUGGUGACUGUGCUCGAUAUUUUACCAUUCUUGGAUGUCAAUUGCUCUAUUCAUAAUUAUUAUGGUCCCGCAGAAUGUACUCUGGCUACUCUGCACUAUGAGGUGACAGGUCAUGAACCACAAAAUAGUAUUGGUCUACCAAUUGGACGACCAAUGGCGAAUGCUCGUGUCUACAUCCUAGACGAAUUCUUACAAAAAGUAUCACCUGGCCAAAUAGGCGAGAUUGUGAUUGGAGGACAUGGUGUGUUCGCUGGUUAUCGGAAUCGAGACGACCUUACUCAACAAGUUCUGAUCGAACACAAUGGAUAUACUUGCUAUCGAACGGGCGACUUAGGACGUUUGGAUACAAACAAUGGACAAAUCGAAUAUCUUGGUCGUCGUGAUUAUCAAGUAAAAAUUCGAGGACAACGUAUCGAAUUGGAUGAGAUUGAACACACUAUUAUGCGUUGUAGUCCUAAUAUUUCCAAUUGCAUCGUUCUCAAAAUAACGAACGCGUCAGUCGACCAUUUAGUGGCUUAUAUUGAAAGCAGCGAUGAAAACUAUUCGGCAAACGAUAGUGAUAUACGAAAGUUUUGCAUUGAACAUUUAUCUCCGUUUAUGGUGCCUUCGUUUUUUAUCGUUCUUGACAAGUUUCCGCUUAGUCAAAGUGGAAAAAUUGACCGAGCACGCUUGCCUCCACUAAACAUUACUGAUAUUUCGAAAGAACAAACUAUAGCAACGUCAUCAAUGGAACGUCAAUUAUGUUCUAUCGUUGCACUAGCAUUCGACAUUUCUCAGACGUCUCUAUUGAAUGUCAACGCAACAUUUGCUCAACUUGGAGCAACUUCGUUAGGUAUUGUUAAAGUCCUCGCAUUAAUUCGUCAGCAAAAAUUGGCUGGCUCGCAUCCAGUUGACAUUGGCAUCUUGCUCGAUAAUCCUUCAGUACGCAAAGUAGCACAAGCACUAAAAUCAUUGCAUUCUUCCGACAAAGAAAUUGCUCAUGCGGGUACAAUUACUGCCAACGUACUCAUGAACGGUUAUGAAGAAUUACGCACAUCAGAGUCGUAUGAAUUUAUAAAUGAAGCACCCGUAAAGAUGUUUCAUUCACUCUUAGGUAUUUGCACCGUGUGGCUUAUUCACGAAUGUCUCUUACGUAUGGCUUUAAUAUGUUCACAAUCUUUUUGGCCACUAACAUGCUUGAUCUGGUUGCUAGGAUGCAUAUCUAUUUCGCUCAUUACUCUCAAAUGGUUACCUUCGAUCAUCGAUACUUGGUGGAUCCGACAACUGCUUGUUACCGCUUUUGGUUUUGCUAUUCCGUUUACAUUUGAAGGCGAUAGAACAACAUCAACUGAAUAUAUCUAUCCUCGAUUAGUUCGUUGGCUAGGUCGUAAUUGUAUUGGUCAAAAUGUUCAUAGUGGAACGAUUACUAAUCUACUUACGAUCCGUCGUGAUCUUCUUGAUGUUGGCAUGAAUGUCAUGCUUGGCUCGAACAUUCUUUUCGAUGAUGGCAACUCUGUUAUUUCCAUUGGAGAUGGAUCUUCAUUGGGCAACGAUUGUCUUAUUCAGGCCGGCGCUCAUAUUCCAUCGUCAACAAGUGUCGGCUCAAUGACGCGUGUCGAUAGUUCAUCUGAUUUUAUACAAUCGAAUCAAGUACUUGUUGGCAUUCCUGCUCGACAAACAGCGCUUUUUGCUGCUGUUCAAUCUGUUGAUAAUUCAUCUAAUCAAACUAUAAUAUCUUACCCUAUUAUUCAACUAAUCUUCGUUCGAUUUGUUUCAUUAAUACUUAUUUUUGGUAUCAUGCAUAUGACUAUUCUACCUAUUUCAAUCAUAAUCUUCUCAUUGAUCGCGUGUAUUCUAUAUUCACCAAAGAACAAGUCAUUCUUAUUAUCAUCUUUGACUUCUACACUUGUUAAUGAUUUCAAUUCGUGUGUGGGACCAUUUCUUGGUGGCACACAAUGGGUCAACAUAGUUCUAAAUGCAUUUGGUGCUACGAUACAUCGAACUGCCAUCAUAGCUGAUAUAGAUUGUAUCGAUGAUCCUCACUUGAUACAGAUCGAUUCACAUGUACGCGUCAAUCAACGAGCUCGUGUACAAGCACAUACUUAUGAAUAUCGACAAUCAUAUAUGCGUCCAGUAAUAAUCGGCGCUCAUUCUCAUCUGAUGCCGAAUGCAUUUGUAUUGCCUGGUUGUCAUCUCGAUGGAAACAAUACAAUCUAUCCGUGUACUCUUAUCAUGAAAGGUGAUAAAUUACCAAUGCAUACAAACUGGAAAGGAUCACCAGCUCGUCAUUUUCAAUCAUCGUGUUCAUUCCCGCAAUAA